AUGAAGAUGACUCGUGAAGUUUGGAGUUCGAACCGAGAUCAGGAGAUGAAAUCGAUGGAACUUUGUCUAAGAAAUCACCGAUACAUCGCAUUAGAUUCAGAGUUUCCGGGCUGUUUGAGAGAGACAUCGAAAGAUGCUACGGACGAGGAAAGGUACGACGACAUGAGAUUCACGGUUGAUCGGACAAAGCUAAUCCAACUAGGGUUGACUCUGUUCGACGGCAAUGGAAGAAUCGGAGGCACUUGGGAGAUUAACUUCUCGGAUUUCAAUGAACUCGAAGACGAGAAGAACGAGAAAUCAAUUGCCUUCCUUAAAAGCAACGGCCUGAAUCUGGAGAGGAUUAGAGAACACGGAAUUGGAGCCGAAGGGUUUUUCUCGGACUUGGGUUGGAUUCUAAACCGGACAAAGAACAUCACUUGGGUCGCUUUCCACGGAUCCUAUGACAUCGCUUAUUUAGUCAAAAGCCUCACCGGAGAAGCUUUACCCGCGACAGCAGAGAGAUACGCAACGUGUGUGGAGAGGACUCUCAGUUCAGUUUUCGAUCUAAAAGUCAUGGCUGGUCGAUGCCUAGGGCUAAGUAGCCGGAUUGGUUUGGAGGGUCUAGCGAACGAGCUGAGGCUUAGCCGCGUCGGUACCGCACAUCACGCCGGCUCCGACAGCGAGCUAACAGCGCGUGUCUUUGCUAAAAUAGCUCCGAAUUGUCGCAACCUGGAGGAAUCUGAAGGCUUUAUUUACGGACUUGGGUACAGAGUUUUCUCGGAUCGGGUGAGGAAGGAGGCUGUAAUGAUGACAAGUCACCACCAUAUGAUGAUGACAAGAUUGCCGCAGCCUCCACCGUUUCCGAAGCCUAUGUUUGCGUUUCCGCAGCCUGUGUUUGUUCCAAGCUUUGUGUAUGGAAGAGUAUCAUUGUAUUAG